GCUUUUGGUUGACCGUCUAGUCGCGUACCGGAUACAUAGCGCAAGAUCAACACGCUAUAAUUGGUGACCCCGGAAAAGUUUUUUUCCUCUUUGUGAUUGCUCCAACUCCCCUUCGAAUCAUCACUGCAUUUUAAGUACACUUUUCGCUGAUGUCUGGUUUCGACUUGGGUGCCGUCUACUAUUCAGACAGCUUAUUCAACCAAACGGGAGAGCAGGAUAAUGUCGUAAAUCUUAAUCACGCGAAAAGGAAAUUUAAAGAAUUUAUCCGUCAGUUCAACGAAGGGGGCCUGUCCUUCAAAUAUCGUGACCAGUUGAAAAAGAAUUAUACGUUGCAGAAACACUUCGUCGUUAUCAACCUAAAGGAUUUAAAUAAUUUCGACUCUUCCUUAACUCAAGAGCUUGUCGCUCGUCCUGCUGAUUAUCUAUCAACUCUCGAAGAGGCAGUUACUGAGAUCGUUGGCGAAUUGUUUGAAGAAGGUGAAAAUGAAUCAACGGAACCCGCUCAAGUUCUCAUUGAGUGGGAAGCAAAUCCUGUUAGCCUCCGUUGUGUCAGAUCCGAACAGGUGUCUCAUUUGGUCAAAAUUUCGGGCAUCGCAAUUAGUGCUUCAGGCAUUAGAGCCAAAGCUAUUCGUCUUAGUCUCCAGUGCCGCGGCUGCCGCCAGUUUUUGCCAAAUCUUCCCGUGAAACCUGGUCUUGGGGGUUAUACCUUACCUCGCAAGUGUCCUGCUGCACAAACCGCUGGCGGCGUCGGUGCCAAGUGCCCUAUUGAUCCGUUUUUCAUUGUGCCUGACAAAUGCCAGUGUGUUGAUUUUCAGACCGUGAAAUUACAGGAGUCUCCAGAAACCGUUCCGCAUGGCGAAAUGCCUCGGCACAUUCUGCUUUAUUGUGACAGGUAUCUGUGUGAACAGAUUGUGCCUGGCAACCGCGUUACCGUUGUGGGAAUCUACUGCAUUCGUACAUCCGCUCCGAAUAAACCACGAUCUGGGGUCGGAGAGCGUGCUGACCUCGCUGUCCGUCAGCCCUACAUUCGCGUUAUUGGUCUCUCGAUCGAUACUGAAGGCCCUGGACGUAGUGCUCUCGUGUCUGGUUCUCUUGGCGGUACUACAAGCAGGUCUGCUGCAACCCUUACAGAAACUGAAGAGGAAGAACUGAUCGCGUUGGCCAACUCACCAAACAUAUAUGAACGAUUGGCGCGCAGUAUAGCACCCUCUAUUUACGGCAGCCUGGACAUCAAAAAGGCUAUCGCCUGUCUAAUGUUUGGGGGAUCUAGAAAACGCCUUCCAGAUGGGCUUUGUCGUCGUGGGGAUAUCAACAUGUUGAUGCUCGGUGAUCCUGGUACAGCGAAAUCGCAGCUUCUGAAGUUCGUCGAACGUUGUGCUCCGGUGGGUAUUUACACUUCGGGCAAGGGUAGCUCUGCCGCUGGUCUUACCGCGUCCAUCAGCCGCGACCCAUCCACCCGUAACUUCAUCAUGGAGGGAGGCGCUAUGGUUCUGGCUGAUGGCGGGGUAGUUUGCAUCGAUGAGUUCGACAAGAUGCGUGAGGACGAUCGUGUUGCAAUCCACGAGGCAAUGGAGCAGCAGACGAUUUCAAUCGCUAAAGCUGGGAUAACAACGACGCUCAACAGUCGGUGUUCCGUUCUUGCUGCUGCUAACAGCGUGUACGGCCGAUGGGAUGACACCAAGGGAGAAGAGAACAUUGAUUUUAUGCCGACGAUUCUCUCCCGGUUCGAUAUGAUUUUCAUUAUCAAGGACGAACACGACGCCCUCCGCGAUACUACUCUAGCAAAGCAUGUUAUGCGCGUCCAUUUGCAUGGAAACGAUCCCGCUGCAACUACCACAGAACAAGGUGAAGAAUCAGAUGAAAUACCACUGAGCACUUUGAGGCGAUUCAUCGCAUAUGCUCGGGAACGAUGCGGUCCUCGAUUGUCCGAGCAUGCCGCUGAUAAACUAGCGAACCAAUACGUUUUGAUGCGUUCUGGUUCCGUGCGUCAUGAACAAGAGACAGGCAAGCGGAGUGCAAUCCCCAUCACUGUUCGGCAACUGGAGGCAAUCGUCCGCAUCGCAGAGGCGCAGGCGAAGAUGCGUCUCGCUCCAUUUGCCACGGAGGCGGAUGUGGAGGAGGCUUUGCGUCUGUUCCACGUAUCCACUCUUGAGGCGGCUAUGUCCGGUAGUCUUGAAGGAGCUGAAGGAUUCACCAGUCAGGAGGAACACGAUCUCAUUUUGCGCGUGGAAAAGCAACUGAAGCGUCGGUUUAUCAUCGGCAGUCAGGUGUCGGAGCACGCCAUCCUGCAAGACUUUACGAGACAAGGCUUCUCUGAACGUGCUGUCAUGAAGGUACUGCACUAUAUGCUACGCCGAGGUGAAAUUCAAUAUCGCAUGCAGCGUCGCAUUCUCUACCGCAUCAAAUAGACUACCUGGAUGAUGAACCGAAGCCUCACUUUUUCCGAGGCCUCUAUCCACGCUUGAUGUGUUUCUAAGCAUUUUCUACCACGUGCAUUUCACCAGAUUCUGUAUUUUUCCCUGUUAUCGAACUCACUUUUUAUUCGUUGUAAACAGCCUCUUCGUCCUUGUUUUAUGCGACCGCCUUGGAUUUCCUAUUGAAAUUGGCAACCAAUUUACUCUAUGUGCCUUGGGCAUCAACACCUCCAUGUGGUACCAAUUCCUGACUAAUUACGCUUUCCAGUAGUC